AUGGCGUUCCGCUCCAGAGAAAGGCUUUUCAUAACGUUUGGUCUCUUGGUGAUUUUGUUUAUCAUAAUUGCGAUAAUCAAUCUACCGAACAGUGAAGAUGUGAAUUUUCGGUCAUUGCAAGUGGUGAGAGAUAUAGCAAAACGACGUAUUGCUCAAUCAAAUGAUCGUGAAAUUCUUCGUGAAAAAAUAGAAAAGGCUAACAUUCCUGCACCUCCUCUACCACCAAUGAACAUGAGUGGAGAAGUCGGUACAAAUCAACGAAGAAGACCAAUCGAUCUAGAAAUGGCCAAGCGGAGGAAUUUCGUUAAGAAGAUGACGAAGUUCGCUUGGGAUAGUUACGUGCAGUAUGCUUGGGGUAUGAACGAAUUACGACCGAUCUCACGAACCGGACAUAGUGCAUCAAUAUUUGGUAAUGGUGAAACGGGUGCUACUAUCGUCGAUGCACUUGAUACGCUUUAUUUGAUGGAUUUAAAAGAUGAAUUUCGACAGGCUCGUAAUUGGGUCGCUAACAGUCUUGAUCUCGCAAAAUCGGAUGGUGAUAUGUCCGUAUUCGAAAUGAACAUUCGUUUUGUUGGUGGCUUGUUAUCUGCAUUUGCUCUCACCAAUGAUACGGUGUUUAGGGAUAAAGCGGAACAAAUAGCAGAUUUAUUAUUACCAGCAUUCAACACGCCUACUGGAAUACCAUAUGCAGUUUUUAAUGCACGAACGGGUAGGGUUAACAAUUGGUCGUGGGCAACGGGGGGUUGUUCAAUUCUGUCCGAAUUUGGAUCGCUUCAUCUCGAAUUUGAGUAUCUAUCGCGUAUCACCAACCGUACUGUUUUCUACGAAAAGGUGGCUCGAAUUCGUGAAGUGCUCUCAUCAAUCGAAAAACCGGAUGGUCUCUAUCGGAAUUAUUUGAAUCCAAAAACUGGCAAAUGGGGCCAAAAGCAUAUUUCGGUCGGAGCAUUGGGUGAUAGCUUUUAUGAAUACUUACUGAAGAGCUGGCUCCAAUCAAACAAACAAGAUCAGCAGGCCAAGCAACUUUAUGAUGAUGCUGUUUCGGCCAUUAAGAAGCAUCUUCUACACUUCUCAAAGCAAAGCAACCUUGCAUAUUUUGCUGAGAUGAAGGGAACUCGUGUGGAGCAUAAAAUGGAUCAUCUUGCUUGUUUCAUUGGUGGACUUUUUGCACUAGAAUCAAUGAACGAGGAUUCGUUAGCAGGCAAGAAUGACGCGUUAGAUUUGGCGAAACAAAUCGGGAAUACUUGUCAUGAGUCGUAUAUCAGAUCUGCGAUUGGUAUCGGUCCGGAAUCAUUUCGUUUCACAUCAGAUAUCGAAGCGGUUGCAGUUAGCGAUCGUGAAAAGUAUUACAUUCAACGUCCUGAGGUGAUCGAAGCAUGGUUCUAUCUUUGGCGAGCUACCCAUGAUGAAAAAUAUCGUGAUUGGUGUUGGGAUGCAGCACAAGCUAUUCAGAAUUAUUGUCGGACAGACGCAGGAUAUUCGGGCAUUCGAGAUGUGUAUAAGGAAAACGUUGACCAUGAUGAUGUGCAGCAGAGUUUCUUAUUCGCUGAAACUUUUAAAUACCUCUAUUUGGUGUUCUCGGAUGACGACACCUUGUCACUAGAUAAAUGGGUCUUCAAUACAGAAGCGCACCCCCUACCAAUUAUCACUUCUAAAUCUACUUAA